GGGGCGGACUGCGACCAAAGAAAUACGGGGGCGUCACCCUGUUACUGGCCUGCUCGGGAACAGGAGGCAACCCCGUCACGUGACCCGCUCCGCUCCGCUGCUUGGAUCGGUCCAGGUCUGCGCCUGCGCGGGCGCGGGCUCGCUCGCUGGCCGUCCUGCGGACGGGCGGGCGGCACCGGGCGUGGGGCCGGCGCCUGCGGCCAUGGGAAAUCCAGGUAUCAAAAUUGACUCCAGAAAAGACAGCCUAACAGACCAGUAGCAAUGGAAGAAAUUGAGAAAGUUACCAGAAACCUGUCAUUCCGUACAAUGCAAGGUUCAGCUGAUGUCACAGGUUAAAAAAUCCUUCAUGAGCAAGAGAGAUCAGAAGCAACAUGAUGGAUUCAGAAGCUCAUGAAAAGAGGCCACCAAUCCUAACAUCUUCAAAACAAGACAUAUCACCUCACAUUACCAGUGUUGGUGAAAUGAAGCAUUAUUUGUGUGGCUCCUGUGCAGCUUUCAGCAAUAUAGCAAUCACAUUUCCAGUUCAGAAGGUCCUCUUUCGGCAGCAGCUUUAUGGAAUCAAAACCCGGGAUGCAGUACUUCAGUUGAGGAAGGAUGGAUUUCGAAAUCUGUAUCGUGGAAUCCUUCCCCCAUUAAUGCAGAAAACAACUACCCUGGCACUUAUGUUUGGUCUGUAUGAGGAUUUGUCUUGCAUUCUCCAUAAGCACGUCAGUGCUCCAGAGUUUGUAACCCGUGGUGCGGCUGCAAUACUUGCAGGGACAACAGAAGCCAUUUUCACUCCAUUGGAAAGAGUUCAGACAUUGCUUCAAGACCACAAGCAUCAUGACAAAUUUACAAACACUUAUCAGGCCUUCAGGGUGCUGAAAUGCCAUGGAAUUAGAGAGUAUUAUCGAGGCUUGGUGCCCAUUCUUUUCCGUAAUGGAUUCAGCAAUGUUCUUUUUUUUGGCCUUCGAGGUCCCAUAAAGGAGCAUCUGCCUACUGCAACAACUCACAGUGCUCAUUUGGUUAAUGACUUUAUCUGUGGAGGUGUAUUGGGUGCCAUGUUGGGGUUCUUGUUUUUUCCAGUUAAUGUUGUAAAAACUCGCAUACAGUCUCAGAUUGGUGGGGAGUUUCAGUCUUUCUCCAAGGUUUUCAAAACGAUCUGGCUAGAACGGGACAGGAAACUGACAAAUCUCUUCAGGGGCGCCCAUCUGAAUUAUCAUCGGUCCCUCAUCUCUUGGGGCAUAAUCAAUGCAACUUACGAAUUCUUGUUAAAGAUCAUAUGAAAAAAGUCACCAGUGAAGUGCCAUGUAUCAACUGAAUAGACCUGAGAAAAACGCAGUUUGACUUAGGUUCACAUUGGCCCCCAUACAAGUUGGUGUCAUUGAGUCCAGGCCACAGUGAAUUAUGGGAAAGCCAUUUUCCCUGAGCAUCAACAAAAACAGAAUAAAAGGUUUCAGUAGGAAGCUUUUAAGUCAUUUUUUUCUUUUGUUUUUAAUUUUUUAUCAUUACCAGAGAGCUUUAGGCUAAUUGCUAGUAAAUAGCUGUUUAUCUGAUGGUCUUUCACAGGGUAUCCUAAUAAGCCAGACAUGAUUCUUUUCCCCAAAACAGCCUUUAAGCCUUUUGUAUUGAAGCAUAUAAUGGCCAUAACCAGCCAGGGAAAAUGCCCUCAGGGCCCUAGGACUUACCAGGCUUACUUUGUUACUCCAUUUCUUCUUUGCUGUCAGGAGCAGUUGCGAAGGGUAGUCUUCACUAAACUCAAGCAUAUUAUGUGGCAGGAUAUGGGCAGAACAGAAAAGAAAAACAGCUUAUUUGGUCAAUCUUUUAUUUUUGGGGUUUUUUAUGGAGGGUAGGGUACAAGGGAUCGAACUCAGGACCUUGCACUUGUGAGGCAGGCAUGUGCCACUGAGCUAAAUCCCCGUCCCCGUUUGGUCAAUCUGAAUUGUUGGUGUUAGUUUUGAAAUUAAGCACCUGUUGGGAUAGUCAUAAUCCAGACUGUUUUCUGUUUAGAUGCGAUAGAUGGAAUCAUGCAGCUAAUGAAAUUUCUCAUUUUGUGUUCUGCCUUUGGACGUUUUCUUUUUUUUGGUACUGGGGAUCGAACUCAACCUUGCGCUUGCAAGGCAGGCAGCGGAACCAUUGAGCUAAAUCCCUGGCCCUGAAUGUUUUCUGUUUAAUUCUGAAUGUGAUCUUAAGCCCUUCCAAAAUAUCCUCAGGUUCAUUUUACUGAUUUCAUUGGCAAAAGAUGGAAGAUUUAAAAUUUUUAUAGGUGUUUGUUAAGUUGUUAGAUACAUAUAGUUCCUCUUCUCUCUAGCUUGGUUUAUUUGAAUUACUGGCUCCAACUUAACAGCUUUGGAGGCUUUUUCCCCCUUGAGUAGUAAUUUGUCAUAUUUGAGCAUCCUGUUUUCUGGAAGCUAUACUUUUAAAAAAUAAAACACUUCCAUACAUUUUAGGAGUCUGUUAAUAUCCCAGGUGUUUGUUUGUUUGUUUCUCCUUCUGGUUUCUAAAUUUUAUGGAGGUGGGGGGGCUCAGGAUAGCUCUUGCCCCACAGUGUUAGCUGUCUUUAAUUUAUUCUUGGAAAUUGAGACUCCUCUAGGAUUUCACAUUUGGGGAACCCAGUUUUACCAUUGUGUCAUUAAAGCUAGAUUGGGAGCAUAUGAUCUAAAUAAAAACAUUUGAAGGGUUAUGUUGAAUAAUAGAGGUUGGUGCUAGCUAGAUAGCCUACUUGUCCCUUAACUUACAAAGCUUGUCACAGAAUCAGAAUAUUUGAAUAUUUUUUCCAGGUUGGUGAAGCAAAAUGACUUAUACAGCAAUUGCAUAACUAAUGAAAACAAGAAACAUCCUGGAGAAAUGGUUAAUGAAUCUUUAAAAAUAUAUCUGUAAAUAUAUGUACUUAAGAUUGCUUCCUGCUGUCUAACAAGAAAGUAGAUGUGUCUUUUUUUGUGGUUCCAGGGAUUGAACCCAGGGCCUGUUGUACGCCUAGGCCAGGGCUCUACCACUGGGCUGUGCCCCAGCCACCCCCUUCUCCCUUCUUAAAGGUAGGUUUUUUUGUUACCAGUUUUUUCAUUUUUCUGGGUAAUUGCAUGUGAAUUUAUGCAUAUACCAACCAAAAAAUCAGGGCCUCAACCGACUGUUUACUCAAAGUUUCUGGGCGAUAGUCCAAAACAGCUGUUUACCUCGAAAUGUGCUAUGGCCUUUUAAAUAAAGUGAACAUCCUUUUUCCAGUUGUAAAGGAUUAAGCAGCAUAUUAAGCAUUAGCAAGAUAGUAGUGAACCUAAGCAGCUUAACAGCAGCUCUACUUAACAGUUUUGUGCUAGAUAUAGCAGUUUAGAGAUCAAGGUGCAGAUGUUGGGAUUUCAGAAAACAAGAAGUUGACACCAAAUAGCUUUCAGUAGUAUACUUUGGCCUGUUGAAGAAUCAGGACUUGAAGGGAGUUGCAGAAAUGAAUGAAGAUGGCACCUGGGUUUCUGGACCCCUCAUUGACCUGUGGAAGUUGAGCACCUGUAGGCAUGUCUAGGAGCAUAGCACAGCAAGGGGACUUAGGGUUACACCCUCACCCUGGGAGUGAACUCCAUGGGCCUUCAGCUCUCUGGGGCUUGCUUUUGUCUACACUCCAUGCAGGAGAUAGAUUUUACUUGUAAAGCACUUUGGUGAAAAGUUUAGGAAGAUGCUUUGGUAUUUGCCCUAUCAAGUGGCAUUUGAAACAAUAUUUUUAAUGGUUUUAACUCCUUAAAUGUGUCACUUUUUACUGUUCUUGAAGACCAAACUACAAAUACAUUACCAGAGAUGGUUUUGUGUUGUGUUCUAGACUUAAUUGGACAAAAAAAUUAAGAACUCGUAGCCAACAGUUUUAUCUGAACUCGAAGGCAAAAUGUGUAAUAAGUAAGAAAUUCUAUUGUUUUUACCAUCAGUGUGAAUUAGCAUGGUACUGUUUUUAAAGGCAAGUAUGAUUGAAUAACUGUGCGAUAAGCUUUAAAGUGGUCUGUUACAUAUGUGGCACAGAUACAGCUCAUGAGCACAGGGCCAACUCUUGUGUCCUGUGCUUCAUGUCUGAUGUCACCAGAAAUGUCAUGAAUGCUGUAUUAACACUGAGUUAUAUGAUCCCUGAGGACUGCACCACAAACACAGCCUUUAUAUUGUAACUAUGUGUCUUACUUGUUUCACUUGUGGUUAGGGAUAAAUUUUGACUUUUUUUUGUCUAAAUAGCCACUAUUCAUUCAUCUUAACUUAUGGUUGGUUCAUCACCUGCUAUAUAUUGACCUGUGCAGUAAAGUAGAAUUGUGUACAUAUAGGUGACUUCGGAUAUCUGGAAUUCCCAAGCUCAAUUACAGUGAGUAUAAAUGUUCAGUAUAAGGUUGUACAGACCUGUAAGGGAAUAAUGAGUAGCAGACAGGAUAUGUGAAAUGGGAUGUAGUGGCUUACUGUGCAUACACCAGUCUUGUGGAGCUAACACUGGUGCUGUAUAGAUGAAGUACUGUGGUGUGAGGGCUGUGCAGUCAUGAGAGGAAGGCUAGGCAGGAGCUUACAUUGGAAGAAAGGCUAAGCACUCAGACCUGUUUUCCUUUAUAUUGAAAUACAGUGGACCCUCGAGUUACUACCGGCCUGACAUACAACUUGGGUUACAACCGGAAUUUUAGUUUAACUUAUGACCAAAAUCUUGAAUUAUAAACCGAAUGCCAGCCACCUGUGCUUCCAGAUGGUCUCAGAUACAGAUUUAGCCCUUAAAGAGCUCUGGAAGGAACAUUACAACAUCCUUUCCUGUUUGGGGUUAAUUGAGAGAUCCUGGGCCAGUGUCUGAGGACACUGAGAUCUGCCUGUGUACAGGAAGGAGACUUUGAAGGCUGUGUAGAGGAGCCCGAGCCUUCAACUGGCCAACUUGAGUUAGAAGCAGCCCUCAAGAAUGAAUUGAGCUCGUAAGUCAAGGGUCCACUGUGUUUGUUUUCUCAUGUACAAAUGCAUAUCAAAGACUUGAACACCAUUCUCUCAAAAUGAGGAUUUUUAAUUUUUAAUGCUUUUUGUGUAAUAAAUAUUUACUUGCCUAAAUGGCUCCCAAGUUGUGUGAGCAUCUCUGUAUGUUUCUUCUUUUAAAGUCUCAUUAUUAAAAGUCAAUUACCAAAUACAAAAUUUUUGUUUGCUGUUUGGAGUUAUGUGACUGAAUUUAAAUGAAAUCUCUUCAGUGUUUCAGCAUUAACAUACUUGGGGUAAUUGGAAUAAAGUUUUUUGCUUUUUAUUUUUACAUUUCACUGAAAACACUGGCCUUGUGAAUAGAAAUGAGAAUUUAUUUGCCAAGAAGGAUGAUCCCAUUAUAUUUAUGCUAGAACCAGUGCAUAGCCUCCUCUGUUCAUUGU